AUGGAGGAAAUGAAAGAACUGCUUAAGUCGAUACAAGAACACCAGUUUAAACAAAGCGAAGAAAUGAAGUCUCUGGGUGACUCUAUUGCAAAACAAGUUUUAGAUAAACUAGAUGCAAGACUAGGUUUAAUCGAACAAAAACAAACUAAUCUGGAAAACAAAUUGGAACUUCAAGAGAACCAAAUUGAACAAAUAGAACGCCGGCUGAGACAGAGAAAUAUUGUUCUGUUUGGCCUAGAAGAGAAAGAAAGAAGCUAUUCUGACUUGGAAAUAAUUGUGUUAGGAACUAUAAAUAAUACUAUGAAAGUGCAGUGCUACGAAACAGACAUAGAAUCCGUUAGAAGACUUGGUAAGAAAGGAAGCAACGUCAGACCUGUUAUCAUCACAUUCACUACACUUGGAAGAAAAAUACAAGUUCUGCGAAAGAAGAAAAACUUAGAAGUUACGAACUACUACAUUAAAGAAGACUUCACAAGAAAGGUACUUGAAAAGAGAAAAGAACUCCAAGAAGAGGCCAAAAAAGAGCGAGACAAGGGCAACAAGGCAAUAAUUAGGCAAGACAAGCUUAUAAUAUCAAAAAAUAAAAACAUAUCAAGCCAAAACAGUGAGCAACACAUCAAUUAUAGCCAGAAGAAAAGAAAUAUUAACUCAAUAUACUCGCCUCCACAUCAGAAUCCAGACAAGGAAAACAUCCCAGUUACACAAGUUAAUCCACAAGCGCCAAAGAAAAAUAAAUACGUAAUUACAGACUAUAUGACGGCACCUAUUGGAACCACUGGAACUUCAGCCAAUGUAACAAAUACUACAUCAGUGCAAAAACCACAAACACCAGUGAAUCAAAAUCAAAAUCAACAUCAACAUAAUAGUGAACCAAAAAACGCGUGA